AUGAUGUCCUCCCGGGCUCCACCAGCCAAGCUAGAGUGUGUGUCUCGGGAGGACCGGGUGGGCCAAGGCGCGGAGGCUCCACGCGAGAAGGCUCCAGGGGCCAGGUCCAACCGCUCCUGCCUCCUGCUCCGGUCGCAACCUCCUCCGCUAGCCCUGCCACACCCGCCUCGGAGCCCGGCCCGGUCUGGCCCCGCCCCUCGUUACGCUGCCUCUCUGGGCGCCCACAGCUUCCUCUCGCUGGUUCCCGGCGGGCGGAGCGGCCGCUCUGGGCGCUCACAUCCUCCUCUCGCUGGUCCGCGGCUGCUCUGUGAGUGCUCAUCCCGGUUGGUACCUGGCUGGCGGCGGCGGCACACGUGGUCUCGGCACCCCAUGUUCGAGGAGCCCGAGUGGGCCGAGGAGCCCCCGGCCCCGGCCGCCCGCGUGCCCCAGCUCCCGUGCGCUCGGGUCGGGCCGGGGCCCCGUGCCAAGGGCUUCAGCCGCCAGCGUCUCCAAGCUACAUUACAGGUACUACAGGCUGAAGCACUGCCUUGCCAGCUCCCUAGCCAAGGGGACAAUGGCUGCAACUCGGAUUCUGACUCUGGGGAGCGGAAAAGAAAAAAGAGGAAGAAGGUCCCUAAACAGGCUCCACUUAUAGAAGAAAACUCGGAGCUACCAGUCCAGCGAGUGAAAACUAAAAAGGAAGACAGCAAAGAGGCCUGUUGAAAGUGGCAGAGGUAGCCAGCCGGUUUGUGGAUAUGAGGAGUUUCUUGGGAGCCUUAGCCCAGCUGGGCUUCAAGCUUGUCUCCAAGGAUCUAACCAACAGCUACUUCUACCUGUUAGACUUCC